UAUCCGCAUAUAUGUCCUGAUAUGUAAAGAAUGGUUCCAAAUCAGGGCAGUCAAAGAAUGACGAGCAAGGGCAGGAACUACCUUCCUGCAGAGCAGGAGACGUUGUGCCGUGCUUGGCUUCAAGUGUCACUUGACCUCAUUCUUGGGAACGACCAGAAGUCAUCCAACUUCUACGACAAAGUCGCUGAAAUCUUCAACCAAGAGCACGAAGCGAGGUCGGCAUGCAGCCUGCAGAUAAACUGGCGAGAUACUAUCCAGAAGCAAGUUUCGCUCUUUUGUGGAGCGUACAAGAAGGCAGUCCACAACCCUCCGUCUGGUACAAACGGUAUUGACCACAUGCGGACUGCUCUCGAGCUGUACAAGUUGCGCUCAAAGAAGAGCGCAUUCCGAUUGCACCAUUGCUGGCUCAUUCUUAAGGACGCGCCGAAAUGGAGCGUUGCCAUGGAGCCAUAAGAAGCACUGCGUGGGGCGCAGAAUGAACCGAGUCCAAUACUGCAUCCGUCGCCAACAGUCGAUUCAGAUGACGAAACAAGCGCUGGUAAUUAUAUUUAAUUGCUAAGCAGUGCGA